ACUUCCAAACCUUCCAACCCAUCUUCUUGUAAACCCACCAAGAACCUCCACCUCUAACACCAUGGUCAGCUCCUGUUGUGGCUCUGUGUGCUCUGAGGAGGGCUGUGGCCAAGGCUGCUGCCAGCCCAGCUGCUGCCAGCCCACCUGCUGUAGGACCACCUGCUGCCGCCCCAGCUGUUGUGUGUCCAGCUGCUGCAGACCCCAGUGCUGCCAGUCUGUGUGCUGCCAGCCCACUUGCUGCCGUCCUAGCUGCUGCAUUUCUAGCUGCUGCAGACCCAGCUGCUGUGUGCCCAGCUGCUGCAGACCCCAGUGCUGCAUCUCUAGCUGCUGCCGCCCCACCUGCUGCGUUUCUAACUGCUGCAGGCCUUCUUGCUGCAGUCCCAGCUGCUGUGUGUCCAGCUGCUGCAGGCCUCAGUGCUGCCAGUCUCUGUGCUGCCAGCCUACCUGCUGCCGCCCCUGCUGUGAUAGUUCCAGCUGCUGUGGAUCUAGCUGCUGCCGCCCCACCUGUUGCAUUUCCAGCUGCUGCCGCCCCAGCUGCUGCAGGCCCAGCUGCUGUGUGUCUAGCUGCUGCAGACCCCAGUGCUGCAUCUCUAGCUGCUGUCGCCCCACCUGUUGCCAGACCACCUGCUGCAGGACCACCUGUUGCCGCCCAGCAUGCUCUAGUGGUUCUUGCUGCUGA